UGUAGAUAGUGAAAUUUUUCUCAACACUGAUCAUAAAUUAAUACAAUUCAGUAUAGGGGAACUUCCUAAAGCAGAAUGUAAGGAAUAUUGGGAUUUCAAAGGUGCAAACUGGAACGCUUUUACCCAUGAAUGUAAUAACCUAUUUUCAAUAUAUCUUACAGCAAGCAACCAGGAAGGGCACUCUAGUGAAUCCACAGUAGAUGCAGACUACAGGGAAAUCUGCAGACUCAUACAGUUAGCCUCUGAGACCACUCUAAAUAAGAAGAGGGUAAACAAGCAUAGUAAGGGAUGGUGGUGCAGGGAACUAACGAGCAUGGUUAAAACUUUAAGAAAAGCGAAAAGAAAGUUAAAUGCUCGGUACGACCCUGCUAACUACCAAGCCUAUGUAAAAAGUGUAGACAAAUUUCAAGAAUUGACUGAAAGCUAUAAAAAUAGCUAUUGGGCAAGAAUGUUCAGCCAACUUGAUAGAAAUGGUAAUGACAAUGCCCUUUGGAGGAUUGUCAAUAGGUAUAAUUC